GAACAAACAAAAGAAACCAAACCAAAGCUCAGCAGCUGCUCGGUGCUUUCGUGGAACUGUUACUAAACAAUAAACACAUAGUUUGUGUGUUAAAUAAGAUUAUUUAAGGGACACUGACGAGCGGAUUUCAGGUCUAAAGUUCCGCAGCUUGGAAAAAGAAAUGGAGAUGAAGAUGAUAGCACAUUAGCCAAACAUUAUUAUUAUUUUUUUUAUGUUUUUAUUUUAUUUUACAAGUUAUCUCUUUUAUUUAGUAAACCUGUAAGCUUUUAUUUUUAGCUAUAAUGAAGGGCUCCCAUUCUGCUGUGUCAAGCCAGAGGAGGAGGAGCAGGGGGGGCAGCGGGGCGGCCGGGCUGCUCUAUCCGCUGCUUGGUGCGUGUCUCUGGGCUGCGGUGGUCGGGUACAAGCCGGUGAUCAUAGUGCACGGUUUGUUCGACAGCUCAGGGAAUUUUAAAAACUUACAGCGGUUCAUUAACGAGUCUCAUCCUGGAACAAACGUGACGGUCAUCGACUUGUUCGAUAGAAGUGCCAGCCUGCAGCCCAUGUGGAAGCAGGUGGAGGGAUUCAAGGCAGCUAUUUACCCAAUAAUGCAAAACGCAGCAGACGGGGUCCACUUUAUCUGCUACUCUCAAGGUGGGCUGGUUUGCAGAGGAAUCCUCUCCACUCUGUCUGACCACAACGUCCAGACUUUCAUCUCUCUGUCAUCGCCUCAGGCCGGGCAAUAUGGAGACACAGACUACUUGAAGUACCUCUUCCCACAGUUUGUGAAGUCCAACCUUUACCACCUCUGCUACACUGCAAUAGGUCAGAGGAUAUCCAUCUGCAACUACUGGAAUGACCCCCACCACAGAGACAUGUAUGUGAACAGCAGUGAUUAUUUGGCACUGCUCAACAGCGAGAGACAAAAUCCAAAUUCAACAGAGUGGAAGAAGAACUUCGUCAAAAUCAAAAAGCUGGUGUUAAUCGGAGGACCAGAUGAUGGAGUCAUCACUCCCUGGCAGUCGAGUCAGUUUGGAUUUUAUGACGACAACGAGACCGUUGUUGAGAUGCAGCACCAAGAUAUGUAUUUAAGAGAUGUUUUCGGUCUGAAGACGCUGGCGGCUCGUGGAGAUCUGAUCAUCUGUUCAGUUCCCGGCGUCGCACACAUUUUUUGGCACUCGAAUGAGACCGUGUUUCACACAUGCAUGGAGAAGUGGCUCGUGUAGAACAAAACUCUGUUUUACAGCACGCACACACACACAGAUACACACCUUGCAGUUUUAUAAGCUCUUAACUCCCACCAGGUUUGAAGCUCUCCCUCUACAACCAGUGUAAAUCCUCACAACCAUUUGUGAGUGUACUCUGAAGGAUGUAAUCUCAGUUUUUUGGAUUACAAUUCUUAGAAAUCACUUGGUAAUCAAACAGUGUUGCCAACCUUUGUCUUUCCUUAUACUUUCUGUUGGUGAGGUUUGUGUUUCUGUAGAUACUACUUGGUUACUUUAAAAGGAAUAGUUUGACAUUUUGGGAAAUGCACUUAUUUGCUUUCUUGCGGAGAGUUAGAUACGAAGAUUGAUACCACUCUCAUGUCUCCCC